UCCAUCUCGCCAGCUUCACACUUCCGUUCUCCUUAAAAGUCUGCAUUUGUGCUGAAUAAUUACGGAUUGUUUUUUUGGAUAGAGUCCUCCUGAUAUCCCACCCCCCUCUGCACGGAGUCUGCCAUAUAUUAUACCAAAGAGGAAGAAACCAAGCGAGAGGGACAUAUUGUCAGACAAGACUUCUCAGAUAAGCAUCAUCGACAUUGUUGUUGGGUGCGAGUUUUUGAUAACCCGCACGAUGGCUGCUACGUUGAGCGGGACGUAUAACUCCGCUCCAGACACACCGUCCCCGGUGUAUCCAGAUCGAUUAAUUAGACCGUUACCAAAACGUCCGCUUCGUUCCCGACUGUCUCCAGAAGCCGCGGAAUCGAUCCUUUACCCUCCCGCCCCUCCAGUGACACAGCUUUUCUACGGUGCUUAUACGGAAAAUGGGGAGAUGGUGAAUGAUGCAAAGGUAUACGUACAACAAAAUGCCGAAAACUAUGGCCAGGAUGGUAGUACCGAUGGGGAUCAUCAUCACCCAUAUGAAAAUGGAGUUGACUGUGUGAGUGAUGACGAGGAUGGUCCGGUAAUGGUUCGUCGAAAUGCUGGUUUUCGCGGAGCAUCUCUGUCACCCUCUGCGGCCGCGGCCAGCCGACAAGCGUACCCAGGCAAUGUGGAUAGCUCGCAGACCAAACCAUCCUCAGGGCCUGAUGGUUACGACGCCUUCGAGAACACCAAUAACAAGAAAAAGCGCAAAAUCCCUACCUCCGGAAAUUUGGGUAGCCAUCACUCGACGCUCUCUGCAGACCUCGCAAACAUGGGAAUUUCUGGCUCCGCAUCUUCGUCGGCAUCCGUAAACGAUGCUGGCACUGGUACUUACUAUGGUUCUGGAAAUCCGGCAUCACCUGCAGGCUCUGGGAUCUCUGGACCCGGAAGAGGUCGGUUUGGGCGCAGUUCUGCUCGCAGCAGCAGUGGCAGAAUUCCCCUUUCUGUCUACUCACAAAACACUUGGCCCGGAGGACGAGCAGGUGACACGGGAUCCAAGACUGACCAGGGGAUUAUCUCUGCGGCCAUUGCCAACGCGGCAGCGUUAUCCUCUUCACCAAAGGGCCAGGAAAAUGUCAGCCUGCUCGAUCAGCAGACGAAGAAGACAACACCAACCAAGACCCAGUUCACCUUUACUUGCGAGUCGGAUUCGUCUAAAGGCAUGGCCCUGCAGACGAAUCCGUUCCCCCUUCCGCAACACCCUCGAUCACCCAGUUCGGCCGUUACAAACUCCGCACAGAAUUCGCAGGGAGGAGUUGCUACCCAGGGUACUCAAACAAGUCCGAAUAUGGCCACGCAGGCAAACCAGGCUGCUGCACAACAGCAAGUACCAGGCUCGCAGUCCAAUGCGCAGCCCAAGAAAACACGACGUUCGCCAAGCAGUAUCUAUGCUCUGGCUGCGCGACAGCGUAAGAUCCAGCAGCAGUAUGCGAACCUCCACCGUCCGCCAAACCCGGAAGACAUAUGGAUUUGUGAGUUCUGCGAGUACGAGGCCAUUUUUGGUCAUCCUCCAGAAGCACUUAUCCGUCAAUAUGAGAUCAAAGACCGCAAGGAACGAAAACGACUAGCAGAGAAAAGGCGACUGCUUGAGAAGGCGAAGAUGAAGGGCCGUAAGGGCAAGAAGGCCACUAAGAACGCUGCCAAGAACGCGGCUGCCACGCAUGCGCAGGGAUAUGAUCGACACCCAGGGGAUCCAGCGGCUGUUGAUGGCCAUGGAUCAAACGGUGACGACUAUCUUGACCACGAGUACGACGAAGAGCCCAUCCCGAUUCCUGCACCACCUCACCAGACGCCGGUGAAGCAUCCAGCCGCUAAUGGCAUUACUGUGAAUGGGGGCAUUAUAUCAGCAGAUACUAGAGGCGUGGCAGGAGGAGGUACAGAUUCUAGCAAUGGGUCUGCCUCCUGAAAAUCUAGCUCUCGCAGUCUGAUGGAAGUUGCGAACCAUACUUCCAUCACUGUUCUGCCUGCCGGUCGCUGAGCGUCUGCAGCAUGCAUUUCCUU